AUCACACAACUUUUCUUAUGUCAUUUUCUUUAUUUCUUAUGUCCUCUUUUGUAUUAUUCACUAUUAGAACAUAUCUCAAAUCUGAAAAGGGCCUCCCUCCAGGGCCACGACCAUGGCCGAUCAUCGGAAAUCUACACCAAGUAGGCAAGAACCCACAUGUCUCCACUGCCAUCUUGGCUGAAAAACAUGGCUCACUUAUCUCCCUUCGCUUAGGAACCCAACUUCUUGUUGUAGCGUCCUCUCCAGAAGCAGCCACUGGAAUUCUCAAGACGCAAGACCGUUUUCUUUCUUCUCGUUUUAUUCCUAAUGCGUUUCAAAGUUAUCUUUUGCCUUUCGCCCUUAUUUGGUCAGCUGACUGUGAUGAAAAUUGGAAAUCAUUAAGAACUCUUUGUAAAACUCAUAUGUUCUCGACGAAGGCCUUAGAAUCCCAGUCUAGCUUGAGAGAGAGAAAAUUAGGUGAAAUGUUGGAUUUUUUGUGUAGUAAGAAAGAUGAAGUUGUGAACAUUGAGGAAGUUGUUUUUACAACUAUGUUUAACACCUUAAGCAACAUACUGUUUGGCAAAGAUUUUCUUGAUUUACGAGAUCGAGAUGGAAGUGCAAGUGGAUUGAAAGAGAAACUUUUCAAGAUACUCGCGAACGGACUUGCACCUAAUGUAAGUGAUUUUUUCCCUAUGCUUGAUAGGUGGGAUCUUCAAGGAAUAAAGAAAGAACAAUUGAAGCAUAUGAAGGAAAUAUUUAGCUCGUGGGAGGAUAUAAUUAAUGAUAGAAGAUUAAUGGUUGUAGUAAAAGAGGAGGAACAGUGUUUCUUGGAUCAGUUACUUGAAAAUGGAUUCUCAAACGACCAGAUCAAUAUACUCGCUUUGGAGCUAUUUACAGCAAGUACUGAUACUACAACGUCAACAAUAGAAUGGGCCAUGGCUGAGUUGAUAAAGAACAAGAAGGCUAUGUUCAAACUACAAGAAGAGAUAAGAAACGAAAUUCAUUCAGACACCAUUUUUGAAUGUGAACUUUCUAAGUUGUCUUAUCUAAACGCUUGCGUUAAAGAAACCCUAAGAUUGCACCCUCCCACACCUUUCCUGCUUCCUCACCGUGCUAUUCAAACUUGCGAGGUUAUGAAUUAUACAAUCCCUCGUGGUUCCCAAGUAUUGGUCAACAUAUGGGCAAUUGGUCGAAAUCCAAAAUAUUGGGAAGAUCCUCUCUCAUUUAAACCUGAAAGAUUUCUUAACUCAAAAUUAGAUUUUAAAGGCCAAGAUUUUGAGUUCCUACCAUUUGGUGCAGGGAGGAGAAUGUGUCCAGGUUUGUUCAUGGGUAUCAACGGUGUUCAAUCUGUGUUAACAUAUUUGAUUCUACGAUUUGAUUGGAUUCUUCCAAAUGAUGAGGACCCUUUGAAGAUUGACAUGAAUGAAAAAUUUGGGGUGACUUUGCAAAAGGAAAAACCUCUGCAACUUAGUUUCAAACAUUUAAAAUAAUAAAUAGUUUAAAUUAUAUGUAAUUUUUCUGUUUUUAAUAAGUACACUCUCUUGUCUAUGAAUAGAUUUGAUAUGAAAGAAGCUUAAUUGAACCAACCUUUU